AUGACNAUCUUUCAAGCAAUGACCUACCUCUCCGCAAAUCGCAUCUGGCCAAGUGUCAUCUGCACCGACAGCCUGUCGUCCCUGCAGUUGCUCUCUCAACCACUUCCAACUAGCUACACGCACCUCAUUGCCUCAAUCCACAACCUCCUCACCCGAAUACCAGCGGGAGCAGUCAAGUUCCAGUGGAUUCCCAGCCACACAGGCGUGCCGGGGAACGAAGCCGCAGACAAGGUCGCCAGGAGGGCAGCCUCAUCAGAGAGCAUCCCGGUUGAACUUCCUCUUGACGUAACAGAACUAAAAUCUAUGGUCCGCCAGGAGGUCUGGCGGUUUUGGCAAUCAAAAUGGACCUCAGCACGCGGUCAAUUUGCCUUAGGCAUGACCAAACUCUCUGUCCGACCAUGGUCUCUUCGCACGCUUCAGUCUCGCCGAUUUGAGACUCUCUUUGCUCGCCUUCGUCUCGGAACAGCACCACUCAAUAAAGCCCUCUACCAGAUUCGUCAAGCUCCGUCACCACUCUGCACCUCGUGUCAAGUCGCCGAAACAACCCACCACUACCUCAUUGCAUGCAAAGAGUACAACGAAGCACGAUCGCAGCUGCGUCGCCAGUUACAAUUGCACGGAGUUCAGGUCCUCAGUCUGUACACACUAUUGGGUGGAGACACUGCCAGUUCACUUGCCUGGCCUCAGACCUGCCGAGCAGUUGAGCAGUUCAUCAGCGCAACACAUCGCUUUGGCCAAUAA